AUUUUGAUCGAAAGUAUACAGAGGUCAGUUAGUUUUCCAAUAAGACACUUCGUCUCAAAAGUAUAAACACCAUUUACAAAAAUUAUAAAAAGAUUAAAAUAUUUUUUUUAUUAUUUUAAAAAAUUAUUAUUAUAUUUCUAAAAGGAAUUAAAAAAAAUGAGAGCACCGAUCUCAGCUCAUCGGUGCUCUCCAAAAGAUGGGAGAUUGGUGCUCAAUGGAGGGGAGAUAGAGUGCUUAUGUCCUGCUGGGGUGCAUUUUCUUUUAAGGAUUCUUAUUAUUCGCUGUAUAGUUUUACAAGGUUUGCUUGGGGCUGGAGCUGGAGCUGGUUGGCAUGUAGCUGGAGUGCUGCUAGGAACAACUUAUGAUGAUGAUGAGGAAGUUGAGUUAUUAGAGCAAGGAAGUUUGAAUCCAAAGGAGCUAGCUAGUGGAAAGUUGGGACAAAGUCCUACAAUUUCUUCACAGAUGCCAUCUGCAGGAAAAGAACCAAGUGAUUCUUCACAGAUGCCGUUUGCAAAAAAAUUAAUUGCUAGUUUGGAGGCCACAGGGGUGAGAAUUUAUGGACUUGAUGCACCACAUCAGAAUUCUUCUUGGGACAAUAUUGCUGGAUAUCAUAAACAAAAACGGUGUGUAAAAAACUUAAUGGCUUUGGCCUCUCUGAUGAGCAAACCUGUCGGAAGAUAGCAGCUCAGUAUGCAAAGCACCUUACAGAAUCUGAGUCAAAUGAACCUGCUCAAGUCACAGAGGAAAUGUCUGGAAGGGACAUCCGUUAUGUCUGCCAACAAGCAGAGUGGUCAUGGACAUCAAAGGUAUACUUCUCCAUCCCUCAAGUCUCAAUAUGUUUCUAUCUUUACCAUUACCAUUACAUCCAUUCAU